CGCGCUGCAGCAAAUUGCGGCACCCGCACCAUGUUAUUCUCUGAUUAGUUAUAUAUUCUGUCAUCCGCCACCACACUGCUGCUUUGGUCCGCAAAGUAUAAAAGCUUUUAGCUGAGACCGGAGUGGACAUCAGUCGACAAAGUCUGCAACCAACCAACCAACAUGAAUUGUACUACCCUGAGUCUGAGUCUUUGCGUCCUGCUGGCCGUUGUGGCCGCAAUCGUCGUCGAUGGCGCCUCCCAUGAGAAUCGCCAACGACGCGGCCUCUUCAGUGGACUCCUAGGAGGUGGAGGCUACGGUCAACAGCAUGGAGGCUAUGAUAACCAAGGAUACGGAGGCUAUGGUAACCAAGGAUACGGAGGGUACGAAAACCAAGGAUACGGAUACAGCGGAUACAAUCAGGGGUACGGCGGAUAUAACCAAGGAUACGGGGGUUACGGCGGUGGUUAUUAAAUCUCGAGAAAAAUAUUAAUUGUUAUUUAUAUUAUUCUUGAUGUUCCUUUGUACUAUAAAAUACUAUGAUUCAAUGAUCUGUAUUUCGCCAUUUCAGUCAGAAAAUUGGUACAACAUUUUCAAUCAUAUCUGUAUAACUGCUAUUGUGAUUAAAUUUUCAAAUCAUUUAAAGAAAUAAAACAAAAAUUUAUUUACAUUACGACAAAGGUGUUCUGCUGCCCCAUUGGGCAUUUUGCAUUUUGAUACCUAAUACAAUACUCGUUAGCCUAUCUCAAUUAUUAU